UCUUUGCUUUGCAGCCAACGAGAGUUUCCCAGAGAAAAUGGAUUUUUUAUUAAGAAGUAUUACAAUAGUCGCCGUUUUUCUUUCUUUUAACAUAUUGUUUUAUGUUCUGGCAGAAAUAGAUUUUGACGAUAAUUAUACAACAGAACCAGGUGAAGAGGAGUGGCAUAUGGAUUUCAUGCCGACUGGUUAUCUCCCAGAUGGUGUCUACAGAGAAAUAGCCUGGUAUGGUAUACUGCAAAUUAAACCCAUACACCACAGCUCUAAGUAUAAAGUAGCUGCACAAUUAAUCUGGCAACAUACUCUUGGACGGCCACAUGUGAUUAUGGAAAGUCCACCACAGUCUACUCAAUCACCAGGGAAAAUCGGCCGUCAGGUAUUAGCUGAUAAUGCAGCCAAAUGGUCGAGAGAGCAACGUGCGGCACAGGAAGUUCUUAUGGAAAACAUAAAAAGUGGCGGUAACGGCCUUACUGUACGAACGGUGGUCAGUGGCAAAACCAAAACUGCUUAUAUCAUACAUAACGGUAACUACUAUAAAUGUCCUAAAGGCUCUGAGCCUGACAUAGAUACGUACAGAGUACAAGCGAACAUGCAUGAUCGUAAAUGUACGUAUGGGAAAUCAUCUUAUCAGCUCCCGAUCGACCCUUGUAUUGAAGCUGAAACUGCUCCUAUAGAAUAUUCCUUUCAUGAGGGUUGGAUGUUCUGCCUUGGAAAUGGUGACAGGGAAAACAAUUAUUUUCAAAAUGGCACUCUCGAUUGUGGUAACAAAACUAAGAUAACUGUAGAUGAAGUUUUGGAUCAAUGUGCUAUUGACAAUAACAUUGUAAUCCUGUUUGAAUAUUUUGGAGAUGAACCUAGAAAAGAUUUGAUGCACAAUGCAACAAUCUGUACAACUUGGGAUCCCUGUCGUGUAUCGUAUUUAUACCGCCUAGAGCCACCACCAGUAGAAAUGACUCCUGCUUUUCCCACUUCUACUCAGAACCCUUGCGAAACAACUGUCUGUCCAGAGUGUCUUGAAGAUUCUGAAGAUUUGGGAGUACCAAUUGAAAUUCUCUCAGAUGACGAACAAGAUAUACCAGUACCAAGUUUUGAAGGGUAUGAUGUAGGUGACAAUAAUCCAUCAAACGGUAUUGAGAGUGAUACAGUCGCUCAUGAUGGUGACGAUUUACCUAAAACGGGUGAAAGUAGUGACGGUACCAAAGAGGGUGAGGAUGCCGAUGAUGAAGCUCUUCGAAGUCGUGGUCGUUCCCGUGAACGAACCCGUGCUCACUCCGGCCGUGGUACCCGUAAAAAGAUUUAAGCGUUUAUCGGAAAUCGUUGACAACAUUAGAAAUAAUAAAUACUUCAUUACUAAUAACAAUAUACACAACAACCAAAGGCGGAUUUUCUUUUUUGUUUAAAAUAAA